UUCUCCUCACGGCCUGUGGAAGCUUUCCUCUUCUCCCACAUAAUCCGGUGUGAGGAGAGGGAUGUAGCCGGAGGGGCGCGAAAGAGGGCUUGAUGUGGGAGAGGAGGGGCGCCUUCCCAGGGAUGUGGCCGAGACGAGCGCUUCCUUAUCGUUCAGGAUGCAUUUUUGAGAGCGUGGGUGUGAAGGUUAGAUUUUGGAGGUCGCUCAUCCGUAGGGGUGCCAUAAGUUGGAGGCUUAUGAAGGCCAGGUCCAGCUGCGUCUGAAGACUCCCCUCCUUUUUUGGCGGGGGUCUGUCGCAGCCGGUUAUUCCCGUCCAAACGCUCCCCCUCGGUGCUCAAGGGAGCAACAGCCUUCCUGGGGCUUGAACUGUGGCAUCCUUAUUUCGCAGUUGUAUCCCACUUUCCCAUAAAAAUGCCCCAAGGAAUUAUAAUUGACAUAUUCUUGACCCAUCUCAAGUAUGUCAUGCUGCCUUACUUGAAUAAACAUACUCAUCCUGAAUUUUCUUCAUGGCCAUGUUUUCAAAGAAAUUACUCAUCUUAUGAACCAGUCAUUUAUUCAGUGGUGCCUUUUUAUUUUCACCCAAGUGUAUAUUUAUCCACACCUGAAAUGUAUAAUCUUGGGGCAACCACUCUCUCGCCUGUGGCUUUUAAUCAGCAUCAAACUGAAAGAAGUUGUAAAAGUUACUAUAGAUAUACUCCUGCUGAAAUGAAUGACUGCAGAAUAGAGGUUCUAGAGAAGACUAGUACAGUUCAUAGUUUUUCAGGGCAAAAAGCAAUGAUUAGAUCUUGCGGAUUAUCUUCAAGUAGUUCUGAGAAGAGUAGAUUUAGUGAUGAUGCAGUUCAGCUGAUAGCUUCAAAUGACCAUUCUGAUGCUAAGAUCAUGGAACAGAGGAAAAGCAGCGCUGAAAGAGAUUACUACAAAUCCACAGUCUUGAAUGCUUCCCAUAAGCAAGGAUGUUGUGAAAAAAAUGAGAUUAAUAAUAUCUCUGGUGAAUUUAAUGCAAGAACUAGCUGCUCUGUUUUAAGCCAGUCUAGUUAUUUAAGUGCCUUAGAUUUAAACCUGACAAAAGAAAACAUGAGCUCCCCACCUGGCGAAGAACUUGAACCUGCAGAGAAAGAGCAAAAGAAAGGUUCCAUUCUACCAAAAGAUGCAGAUGAAGAAGAUGUUGUUAUCUUGUACACUGAUGCAGACUUUUCCCAGUUCAAUGACAGUGAAGCUGAUGAAUACAAAUACAGUGAUUUAGACAAUGACUCACAACUAGAAUAUCACAGUGCUGAAGAAGAAGGCUGUGUUUGUCAUGGCUCCUCAUAUAAGCAAGAAACAAAGACUUUAGAAACUUUUCAAAAUAAAAAGUUGGCAAAUGAGGAUAAGCUUACAGGUGGGCAGCAAUAUUUUAACAAAUUGGAAAACGAGUCUUCUAAUUCAGGUUCUAAUACUUUUGGUUACUAUUUCAGUAAAAUCCCAGAACUCCCCCAUGUGUUUCAAGAUGGCAAAUGUAGUGCAAGCAACCAUUUAAGUUCUGAUGAUCAAGGAAGAGAUGAAACAAUUGGAACGUUUUAUACUGUUGUUAGUGAAGAUUCGUUUAUUGCCGAGGAUAAUAAAGGAAAAAAUCCAGAAUCAUUCUCAACAAGUAAGACUGUGAUUGAUGAAAAGGUGAUAGCAAAUUGUCUUACAGACACAACACAGACAUCUGUAACAGCUACUAAUAGAGAAUUGUGUAAGCAGACUGAUUACAGCCAUAUAGCUGUUUUUCAGAAGACUGGAAAUUCGCAUCUAUUGCUUGAGGAAACAGCUUUUUUCCCACCACCCCAUACUUUUGGUGGUGAUCCUGAAGUGUCAGCUAAUGUAAUUGUAGCUAGUGCUAAAGAACGAAGUACUUACAAAUCCUGUGGUCAUUGUGGAAAAUGCAAAGAGAACUUUCCUAACUCAGAAUUAAAAUGCAUCACAUACUUAGAUAAUACUGCUAGUAAAAACCAAAGCACAGUUAAUCAAGCUGUUGAUGCAAGUUCUGAUUUUAGAGCAUGUUUUACAACAAGUCGAGCAACAAAUGUGAACGUUCCUGUAAUCUCAAGGGGACAAAACACUAUGAUAACAAUGAUGAGCAAGUGUAGACCCAAAGAGUGGCUCACAAAAAACUACAGAAGUGUUGCUUGCAAUACAGAUUGGUCGUGCGUAUCUGGCAAUGUGGAUAUGAUUGACAAAGAGUGGCUCACAAAAAGCUACAGAAGUGUUGCUUCCAAUACAGAUUGGUCGCAUGCAUCUGGCAAUGUGGAUAUGAUUGAUUCACAAAUAGCAUUUGAAAACUAUACUGCAAAAUAUGGAUGGCAGUUAAAAAACAAGGAUCUUUUGGAAUCCAGAAACAGCACUAGCAAAGAUUUCAGUGAAAUUCCAGAAAGCAUGAUGCAGCUUUCACAAGAAAUAGCCAGUCAUGCACCAAAUUGCUGUAAGGAAAUAUGGCAGAGAGCCAUUCAAGCUGAAAUGCAGCUUCUGAAAAUGCGCUAUCAGUUACAUCAUCAGCACUUCUGGCAGAAUUGCAAUUCUGUUACUGAAGAAAAGGAACAUCUAAACAGUUCUCCUUGGACAGGAAACUUGAUGUCACUAAUGUCAUGGCCACAGAAUGUGGAAACAUCUUCACACCCAUUAGUUACACAUGCAUUGAAUGAGAAUAGUUGUCCUCAGCUGUGCCUUUCCAACACGAACUCUGAAGAAAGAGGUACAAGUCUUGUGGAAAAUAGGCCUUCACAUACUCAAGAUAUCACUGAAGAAUGGUUUGAUGCUACAGAGAAUCCAGCAGUGACUGACUCUUCACUAUCACGUAUAGAAACACAAAAUACAGAGGACAGUAAAAAAACCUCGAAGAAUAUAUUUUGUAUUCAUGUUGACAAUUUAAAUCCCUUGGUAUCAGAGGUUGACCUAUGGCUUUGUUUCCAGAAGUAUAAUGUUUCUAAAAUUUCCAUUUGUGAUUAUCCUGACAAUAACAGAUAUGCCUCGCUUAGUUUUAAAACAGCCUCUGAUGCAAAACUAGCAGUGAAAGAAAUGAAUGAGAAAGAAAUAAGAGGGAAAGCCAUCAAGGUCCGACAUGUUAAAAUCAUCCAAGAAAACAGAGCCUCAAAUUGUCAGAAACAGGAAUUUGAAAAGCAAGGACUACAUUCCAGCUCUAAAAAGGAUACAGAGUGUGGAAAGAAUGGCAGUGUAGUUUUGAAAGUGUUGCAUUCUGCCUCUGGUGAUCCCAAAGUGUCUGCUGGUGGUACUCUCUUAACUUCAAAGAGACCCGAUGUCUCCAAAAGUUCCUUUAAGUCAUCUUUGCCUCCUUCAACAAGUGUUCCUAGGCCUAUUUCAGCCUCUUCAAAAUCAACCCAUUGUACUUCAGCGCCUUCCAAAGUGCCCACCCCUGACAAUCAGUCUUCUAAACCUGUGUUAGGAAAUACAUGCUUUGAAAUAGAUCAAGAGGAUAUUGGAGAAGGCCUCUUGCUAUUGGGCUCAGUACAGAGUACUCCAAAUCCAUCCAGUACCUUUGUACCUCCAAACACAUUAAAUUUGAGAAGCUUCAGCAAAAUAGUGAAAAAACUAGAGGAGCUACAUCCAGAGUUCAAUAGAGACAGCAUUUUGAAUGCUUUGGUGGAGAUAAAAGAAAAUGAAGGUUUACUUAGUGGUUUACCCCUUAGUGCUAUUGUACAAAUGACAUCAUCACUUCUGAAUAAAAAGUUUAAGUCUAAAUGUAAUGAGAAGCAAGGAAACAAUCUGAAGAACAAAUAGGUCUUUAUACUCGGUGGUAAUGUGAGUGUAUUCAUCACUGGCAAGUGCAACUGAAAGGAGAAGUCAUUGUUACUGACCGAAAAUGAAAACAUACUGUCUGUUAGAGAGCUGGUUUUCAAGAAGGAGCAUGUGAAUAAAAGGAGGAACAAAUUUUCUUUAAGAAAAGUCUUGUUGGGGAAAUAUUCUGUUUUGCACAGAUAGGUCUUGUUUUCUUUUUUUUAAAACUGACACAAAUUUGCAAGGAUCUGAAAUGUAGCCUUCAGUUUUGCAAAGAAUGAAAGCCUUGCCAUAAGCAACGGCAGUGCAUAUAUUUUCGUGUGUUUUUUUUUUUUUUUGUUAUAGUGUGCCAUGUUUGUAAGCUACUACAAU